AUGAUCAUCAAGCCAGUAACAGGAAUCGUCAAGUUGAUCUUGGUCGGUAUUUUGUCACUCGCCUUUGUGUUGCUCGAAACUGUGGGGCUUCUUUUUAAACCAGUGACUCCAUUACACAAAAUCUAUCAUCGCUUGAUCUCUGCCGUCUUUAUCCGUGCGAUCCUCGUCUUGCUUGGAUUCUUUUGGAUCAGGAACGAGACCGUCACCUUGAGACGAGGACGAUCUGGAGCAGGAAGCAGAGCGCAGGCGCCCAGCAGGAGAGCAUCCCCUUCAGGAGAACUUAUUGUUAGCAACUGGUCUUCAUACAUCGACAUCCUGUACCUCGCUUUCAGAUACGACCCUGUCUUCACACAAAUGUAUUCGACUACAUUGACCGUUCGCCAGAUCACUCUCUGGGAGGCAUUGCGCCUAGCUGGAAGCUACCCCGAGUUGUCGCCACCCGAGGGCGUUGAGACCUUCCCUUUGCUGGAAUUUGUCAAGGACAUGCACAAGAGUGGCUCAGGACCCGUUGUCAUCUUCCCCGAGGGAACAACGACCAACAACCGUGCGAUCCUCAAGUUUGUCCCAAUCUUCAAGGGCUGGUCAGUCCCCGAGACGUCGAUCGAGAUCCGGAUCAUGGCCCUCAAAUACGACUAUCAAAAGUUUGCGCCCACUUUCACCGUCGGUCUGGACAACUCUUAUCGAUUUGGACAUUUGUUCCGCACCUGCGCACAGUUCUACAACACCCUCUCGGUCAAAACUCUGGCCCAGGAUGAGUCACCCUGUUAUGCUCAUUUCUCGGCGAUUGAGGGACUUUCGAGCACCCCCUCUGGCGCAGCUAUUGGUGCCGUUGAGCCUGUGGAGGAGGAUAGCCUCGGAAGUGUGAUGAUUAACUUGAUGGGACGGAUGACGCGGUUCAGGAAGUUGGGAUUGAAUGUCAAGGACAAGGCUGAUUUCUUGGAUUACUUUAUCCUUCGCAAUAAUGGUAUCAGCAACAGCACGACCAAGAAGACUGCGACUCUGGGUCAAAAGGCGGCGCCUGCAACUCAGGGAUCCAGCCGUUCAAAGAGGCAUUAG